AUGUCGACCACGGGUCCCAUAAACAAUUAUUAUGUGGAUUCUUUGAUAAACCAUGAGAGCGAGGAUGUGCUGACAUCGCGGUUCUCAGCCCCAGAGCUUCUCCCCGCCGGUUCUCGACCGACGACACUAGCACCAGAGUGCUCCGAAUAUCCCUCCUGCAGUUUUGCGCCGAAACCUUCUGUCUUUACCUCCUCCUGGGGCCCAGUUCACCCCCAGUCUUCAGUGGUAUACCACCCAUACACCCACCAACCACACAUUGGAACGGACUCGAGGUAUGUUCGCUCAUGGCUAGAGCCCAUAUCUGGAACAAUAUCCUUCCCAGGCUAUCCUGCGAACGGCAGACACUACGGACUCAAAACAGAUGGUUUUCCUCAGCCCGGUGCUGGAGACUCCAUCGCCUUUAACCGCCACGGAUACCCGGAUUAUUUCUACAACACCUCCGUGGACAUCCGAGACAAGACACAGCAGAUCAUCCCUUCUCCAGAGUCGGAGGUUUUGGCUUCCGGAAAGCACAAAGACGGCAAGCCAGAAUUCGACCCAAGCAACCCGGUGGCGAAUUGGAUACACGCUCGUUCAACAAGGAAGAAACGGUGUCCAUAUACAAAAUAUCAGACUCUCGAACUCGAAAAGGAGUUUUUGUUCAAUAUGUACCUUACCAGGGACCGUCGAUAUGAGGUCGCUCUGGUCCUUAAUUUGACCGAGAGACAGGUCAAAAUAUGGUUCCAGAAUCGGCGGAUGAAGAUGAAGAAAAUGAAUAAAGAGAAGACAGAAACCAAUGAGCCGUAACGUGCCCUAUGGACACAUUGACUCGUACACAUUCAGAAAAAUGCCACUCAUGG